AUGGCUGCUGUUAAAGAGCCUUAUCUAUGGUAUAGAGACAAGGAUAGUUUGAAAAUAGGAGAGGUCAACAGGUAUGUUGUACGAUAUGCGCGUUAUCCUGACCAUAAGAUCAAGCAAAUAUACUUUAGACUUAAAAACAUUGAAAAUACUGGGAUAAGAACGGUUCAUUUGAUUAGUGGACCUUUUAUACUUUAUUGUCAUGUUAUUCCGUGUAAUUACAACUCGCGUCGAAAGUUUGUGCCUGAUAACGCACAAGAGAACCCCGAGUUGGUGUUUGAGAACCAAAUUAAACCUAAUCAAACAUUUACUGUUACGUUGCUUCUUAACAAGAAUUCCCUUUUGGGUACGGCUGAAUUAGAAGAUGAGCAAACGACGGUGGAGUAUUUCCAAUGGGAGAUCGAUGUUAUUUCUCAAAUCGUUAUCACCAGAAAGACCACUGUUGAUUAUGAUAUGAUGAUUGGUGACGAUUUGCAAUUUAUGAAAAAAUUAACCUAUAGCGUAGUUGAAAAGGCAAUUUCUAGUAUUGGAAGUAACAGCGAUUUCAAUAACAACAACAACAAAGCUGAGAUGAAAAUUGAUCAAAAGCACACCAAUAAUCAUGUUUUCAACCCGCUGCUCUCUGUGAUGAAGAAGAAUACAGAGGAUAUUUGGAAUAGUCCACCUUCAAAACCGUUGGAGCCGGUACAUUUGAUAAUAGUAACUCAUGGCAUUUUUUCAAACCUUACAGCCGAUAUGCUAUACUUGAAAGAUGUGUUGGAAUUGAAGGUUAAAGAGAAUAUAAUGGUGAGAGGGUUCCGUUACAAUGCAGGUCGAACAGAAAAGGGGAUAAGAAAACUAGGUAUUAACGUUGCGAAUUUUAUUGUGGAUUUGGUAGAGAAGUUGCCUUACAGAUUUGAUAAGAUUUCUUUUAUUGCUCAUUCCUUGGGUGGAGUUGUCCAGUUGUAUGCAAUCAAGUAUAUCUUGCUUACAAGAGGUGUUGAGUUUUUCAAAAGGUUAAAUAUUGAGCCAGUUAAUCUUAUAUCUUUGGCUAGUCCCUUUUUGGGCAUAUUGAACGAGUUGAACUUUGUUAUAUCUUGGUUUUUGGAUUUGGGAACGCUAGGUAAAACUGGUCGUGACUUAACUUUACUGAAGCAUAUUCCAACUUGGAAAGAUAUUGAUUUGGAUGAUCAAAAGAAAAGAGAUACUUUUAAGCCUGUUUUGGAAACAUUACCUAACGAUCCAUUGCAAACAUUUUUGGGGGAAUUCAAACGUCUUACUGUUUAUGCCAAUGCAAUCAAUGACGGUAUUGUACCAUUGAGAACGGCGGCAUUGUUAUAUUUGGAUUAUGAAGCACUAGGGGACGUAAACACGUUGAAAAGGACCAAACACGUUACUGAACAUCCUGAAUUGGAGAACGAUCAUAACCAUGAUGUUGAGAGUAUUGAAAGCGGCGAUACAGUACUGGAAGUACCUGACGACGAAGGACACACUGAUGCAGAAAGUUUGGGGACUAAGAAUAACAGUAAUGAAAAGAGGAAGCUCAUGGAUACCCUGCGAAAGCAAUCGAAUCAAGGAAAACAUUCUUUUAAGUUUGCUACUCAUAAAUACUUUGACUUUCUAGAUUUGAGCUCUCCCGGUGAAGCAAAAAAAUCUAGGCGACAAAAAAGGUAUAGAAAUUUCACCAUAAAGGGAUCCAAGACACUUGGUGAUGAUGAGAAUGAGGAGGAAAACAAUGAAGACAACUCUUCUGAAAAUAGCGAUGAUUCAGCGCCAUUGAUUAUCCCACCAAGAGCAUCAGCGAUUGAGUCUGCAUUAAAUACCCUAAUUUGUCCCAUUCCGUCGAAUGAGUUCAUUAUGGAGCCCGAACUGAGACAUCCUGUGAUUUUCCACGAUAGAUAUUAUCGCCUUGACAAAUCCAAAGAAAACGAGGGCGAGAAGGAGAAUGAGAAGUUGUCUUGGUUUUUUGAAAAGUUUUUCAAGUAUCGCGGGAGAUACAAACUACAUAAACAAGUUGUUAUUGCUAACAAGUAUCAUACUGAUAAACUAACCUGGAGAAAAGUAUUGGUCAAUUUACCACCCGAUGCGCAUAAUAAUAUAAUUGUUAGAAGAAGAUUUGCUAAUGGAUAUGGAUGGGGUGUGAUUAAUCAUUUAUGUGAGAAUUUGUUUGAAUGUAAGGGAAAUGAUGAAACUGAGAAGAAGGUGGAUUUGGAAACUCUGCCUGAUGAUAUAAAAGCGAAAAUAUAA